AUCGGCACGGCACCAUUUUGGGAGGGGAGGAGGAAGGGGCGGGGCGCGGGCGGUGCCGGCGGUGCUGCGGGCCCUGCGCGGCGCUCAGGAAAGGAAGAACCAGGCAACAUCGGUUCUACUUGCCGGCUUUCAGCCUGAAGCUGCCGUGUAUGACUGAUGUGGCGAUAGAUGCCCAUGCCCAGUGGCACGUAGUCAUGCUGGGAUGCUGUAUAAGAUCUUCAUGCAGCUGGCUGAAAAAUGGUUCCACGAGAUGGCAAUCCCAACUCUAACACUAUUAAAAUGGAGAUUAUCGUCACUGUGACAUGAUCUGUCAAAUGUGUUAGUGUUUUCUGUUUGUGUUUUACGCUUACUGUGGAAGGUUACAAAUGGUGUGGGUUUUUAUCAUGAAUCGAAUGAGCUCCCAGAGCAGUUCAUCUUCUCAGCGUAGAAGAAUGGCUCUAGGAAUUGUCAUUCUUCUCCUUGUUGAUGUGAUAUGGGUUGCCUCUUCAGAACUCACUUCUUACGUUUUUACAAAGUACAACAAGCCUUUUUUCAGUACAUUUGCAAAAACAUCUAUGUUUGUUCUAUACCUCUUGGGAUUUAUUGUUUGGAAACCGUGGAGGCAACAAUGUACUCGUGGUUUUCGUGGAAGGCAUGCAGCUUUUUUUGCAGAUGCUGAGGGUUAUUUUGCUGCUUGUACAACAGAUAAUGCUGUAAACAGUUCUCUGAGCGAACCUUUAUAUGUUCCUGUAAAGUUCCACGAUUUGCCAACUGAAAAGAGUGGCAGUAAUAAUAAUGAUACAGAGAAAACUCCCAAAAAGCCUCGUGUGAGGUUCAGUAAUAUCAUGGAGAUUCGGCAGCUCCCAUCGAGCCACGCGCUGGAAGCAAAGUUGUCUCGCAUGUCUUACCCAGCAGUUAAGGAGCAGGAAUCAAUAUUAAAAACUGUAGGAAAACUCACUGCAACUCAAGUAGCAAAGAUUAGCUUUUUCUUUUGCUUUGUGUGGUUCUUGGCAAAUUUCUCUUACCAAGAAGCUCUAUCAGAUACCCAAGUUGCCAUAGUUAAUAUCUUGUCUUCAACCUCUGGGCUUUUUACUUUAAUCUUAGCUGCAGUCUUUCCAAGUAACAGUGGAGAUAGAUUUACUCUGUCCAAAUUAUUGGCAGUUUUUCUAAGCAUUGGUGGUGUGGUACUUGUUAACCUUUCUGGAUCUGAGAAAUCUCCUGGAAGAGAUACAAUAGGUUCCCUUUGGUCUCUUGUAGGAGCAAUGCUGUAUGCUGUGUACAUAGUGAUGAUAAAAAGAAAAGUAGAUAGAGAAGAUAAACUCGAUAUACCAAUGUUCUUUGGUUUUGUAGGACUGUUCAAUCUAUUGCUGCUAUGGCCGGGGUUUUUUCUGCUUCACUAUACUGGCUUUGAGGCAUUUGAGUUUCCCAGUAAACUGAUAUGGAUGUGCAUUGUCAUUAACGGCCUUAUUGGAACAGUUCUGUCAGAGUUCCUGUGGUUAUGGGGCUGCUUUCUUACCUCAUCACUGAUAGGCACACUUGCUCUAAGCCUUACGAUACCUCUGUCCAUAAUAGCUGACAUGUGCAUGCAAAAGGUGCAGUUUUCUUGGCUGUUUUUUGCAGGAGCGAUCCCUGUAUUUUUUUCUUUUUUCAUCGUAACUCUGUUAUGUCAUUAUAACAACUGGGAUCCUGUGAUGGUGGGAAUCAGAAGAGUUUUUGCCUUUAUUUGUAGAAAACAUCGAAUUCAGAGAAUGCCAGAAGAAAGUGAGCAGUGUGAAAGUCUUAUUCCUAUGCAUAGUGUUUCACAAGAUGGAGAUAGCUGCUGUUCAUAGGCAAAAGUUUAAAAAUGGAUUGAUGCCUAGUGAAGAGACAAUCUUCUGGAGAAGUCCCAAAGGAGUAAUGUUUCAGUGCCUAUUCUGAAUUUUUAGUAAAAAUAAGAAGCUUCUGUUCUUGUGAAACUCUAAACAUCUUUCUUGCUUUCAUCUGAUUUUAUAAAUGAACAAAUUUACUCCAUGCAUAUCAACGUAGGGGAUCUUAGUCCAUCUGAGCAACCAACCUGCCUUACUACACUGAGCUGGUGAAGUUACUUGACAAAAUCAAGAAAAUGAAUGCUGUUAAGUGAUUUCUUUCUCUUUUUAACUCUCGGUUUUGUUAAAUGCUGGACAAGGUUAUUUUAAAAAACACUUUCAAAUGAGUUAUGUAAAUAAGUUUGCAGGUCAUCACGUCUUACAGGCUUUCAGAUGAAAAGCUAAAUAGAUACGUUACCUGUAGUAGGUACAAAUUAACUUUUUUAUGUUGUAUAAACUAUUUGCAUAUUAAUAGAGGAAAUAGUAAAAUAAUUUAUUAAGUGAAUUCUUGUAAUUAUGAAGGCAAGAUCUUUGUACAGUCCUGGAACACUACAUACAUAUUGUCUUAUCCCAUUCUGAGAAGCCUUGUAACGGCAGUGGGUGCCGCUGUUUAAAAACCUUUUGUUUCUAAUGAUCUGGAAUGUUUAAAAUCUUAGUGAGUGAAAGAAUAUUUAUAAUUGCAGUAUGUUGGGUGUACAUUCUCAAAAACAAUCCCUUAAGAAGACCAUUUCUGUAACCCAUCAAGAUCUCAAAUGAUUUCAUAUAGCAGGCUUAAUUUGAAAAUAUUCAUUUCUGUAGUUGCCAACUUAGGAAAGGGAUCCCAAUAAGUUGUUAAAAUUUUCAGCUGUGGGUUGGCACUACAGCAAUCUACUAAACAAUGUGAAAGCUAAAAAUAACUGCAUUGAUUUUUUUUUUUUCCAGUUGCAUUAAUAAAUUUAUUCUAAAACUGAUUGUUUUCCUCACAACCUGUAUCUUCCUUCUACUGCAGCUUUUGUCUUAUUUGAUUCGGAGAAGUUAUGAAUAAUUUUGUUCAAGGAUAUUUGAAAUAAAUCAGUGACAUUUUCCAAUUUCUGGCCAGUAAGACACUUCUAUUAAAAAAAAAAAAAAAAGGCUUUUGAUAGAUUUUGUUUUCUUAUAAUGAAUGUAGGACAGAUUUUCAGUUGGUAGUAUAUUCUCUUCCACAUAAUAAGGCUAUUAAUAACAGUGUAUUCUUAUCUUUCCAUACAGAUAUGAAAGGAUAACCAAGCAAAUGCCUUUUCAUGUUUUGAACCUCUAGAUCCACCCAAGAGGUGAUUUGAUGAUACAACUGGUAGACUAGAUAGAAUUCAAGAAAGCAGUGUUUUUUAGUGAGUUUUAGAAUGAUUGAUUCAACCAGCAGCUAGAAUGUAAAAUUCUGAAUGUAAAGAAGGAAAAAGAUACCAGGGAAAAAAAAGGUGAAUCUGGGGGCUGUUCUUGUUGAGUAGUGCACCUUUAUCAAAUUUUUCCUUCCAUUUCUUAAUAUUGAACUACGUUAAAAGUUUCAGUUACCUGAGGUGUCUUUUGAGAUAGUAAGUCUAUACUUGUAUACCUGAAAUAGUUUUUAAAAUAAAAAAAAGCAAAAGCAGAAAAACAGAAGUUUAUUAAAUUUAUCUAGGCAUUUUGAAAAACUUUUCAUUUCAAUUGGAAAGCCCAAUAGUACAGUAGGUGAAAAUACAGUAAGAAAAACUAGUUUUAUAUUUGACUUGAUUAGAGUUUUCAGGGAUUUCAUUGGUAAAAGGAGUUUAUAGUGGGAUUUUUUUUCUAAAUUAGGACAGAUUAGAGGAUGUUAUUUUCAGCCAUUAACUACAGACUUUAACCUGUUCCUAUAUAGCAUCUAAUCAGUGACAGCUUUGUCACUCUAGGACAGCUUUGUUAACUCUAGGAAGGCUGAGUUUGCUUUCAAAUUGCCAAUAAUAGUAUUUUCAGCAGGAUAUUUUAACACCGUCUUUUGAAACUGGUCAUUCAGAUUGAUAGAAUGGAUUGAUAAUGCAUGGUGGGCAGUUGCUAUUCAUAUUUGUCUUAAUGUUCGUGACUUAAAAUGAAAGCUUAUCACAGCUUUCUAUGUGUAUGACUUAUGUUAAAUGGCAUUAUUAUGUUAGACUUGAAACUAAGUACUAUGAGAAUGUUCUUCAGACCUAAUAAUCUUUCUGUUCAGCAAACUCGAUGUUAGGGCCUUCCUGCUGUUUUGUUUUUUUGACAAAAGACGUGUUAAUCUUUUCUCAAGUUAUUUACUAUUAUGAUCUUACGGCACUUUGUAGCUUGAACAGAUUUUUGGUGUUAAAUUACAGCCCUUUAAAAAAUAAAAAGAAAAGAUAAAAUAAAGACGAAAAAGGAAACUAUUCUUCUUGAAACACCAUGGAUUUUUAAGCAGUGGUGCCCCUGUGGUUACAAGAAAUACACUGCAGUUUUAUUUACUGAAGCUAUGAUAUGUAAUGUUGUUCCUUGUUUAAUAGAAUGCGAUGAGAUUUUUCUAUAAAAUCUUGUGAUUUUUAGUACAAUAAUAUUUUAUAAAUAUAUUGUCUUAUUUGAAAUGUAAACUGCAUAGUUCUCUAAUGGGUGCUUGGUAAAUGCACAAGAGAUUUAGCUUUGAUUCUCAGGUACCUCUGAUGUAAUGGUGACAUACUGGUAUUUUUUUUUCCUCAUGACACAACUGGAAUGUGAAGGGGCUCUUGCAGAUCUUUACCGCUGUGUGCUAGCAUAAAUUGGCGUUCUUACUGUUUCGCUUUGGGGAUGUCUUUAUUCUGAUUUGCUUCCUGUAGGAAACACAUGCAAUUUAACAAGGAAAAAAGAAUUUUUAAUCCAAGCAUUUCUUUGAAUGCCAUGAGAUGCUUAAACAACAGUGAUUUCCCAUACCUAAAAUGAGUACUACAUGUACUGUUCUGUCAAACAGUUUAACUAAUUCCUGCAGUGCUAUGAGACAAACUAAGAAACUCUUUUGUGUGUGAUUGAAUUUUGUUGUUGUUGUUGUUCUGUUUUUAUAUAUGGAAGAGAUCAGGACAAUUUGCUAAGUGCUAAUAUAGCCUGUCUUAGCUUUUAGGGUUCUGGUGAGUCUUACCUAGUUAUGUCUCCUGCGUGCUGCAAUCCAGAACAAAGGAGGAAAAAUCAAUUCAGUUUUUCUAGCUACUUUGUUAGUUUUCAGUCAUGCCAAAAAUGAGAGGUGCUGUAGCUGUAGUACUGAUCCAGCUGUUACUUGGAAAGUAUGGAGCACAAGAAUGCUGCUGAAGACAUGGAGGGCCUGAUAUUUCUGUUGUCCAUGUGCACAUUUCUUGCAUGUUGGCUUGGAAAUUGAUGUGGGGCAUGUAGCAUGCAGCUGAUCCAGCCUGCCAAGGAGCUGUGCUAGCGUACUGCAUGCAUCAACCAAGAAGCUGCAGGCUGGGGUACAGCGUGGGGUGGAGCAAAUGCACAAGUAUUUUGUCACAAUAUGGUAUUAAGUAGUGUAUUCCUCAAAUGAGAAACUGUAGUGCUGCAUGUGAUGCUUGACCUGGUAUGCUGCUACACGUUUUGAAUACCACCCUGUGACAUCCUAGCAAAAACAGAAGAGCCACUGAAUUGCUUUUUCUGUGUGUGUGCUAUUGUAAUUGUCAGUUUCUUUCACUGUGCUUAGGCACUGCUAUUUACUAGUACAGUUGCCUUAAGUAAAGUGAUUUAAGAAUUUCUUGUGUAGUUCUUACUUCAAUCUCUGCAAUGAAUAUUGCCAUUGCUAUUCCCUACUAAAAAGAACAUCCUAUCCUAGGAAAAUGGAUUUACUGAACUUAAGCUAAGGUUAUCGGAGGAGGAGAAAGAGUAGUUAAACUGAAGAGUUGAACUGUGACUCAUAUGAGAAUAGAUAAGCCUCAGUAAGGCAGUGUUUAUAAAUGAAGUUGUAGGAAGCUGCAUACUCAAAAAUCAAGAAACAAACUGAUGUUAAAAACAGAAAGUUGAGUUAUACGACUGUAAAAUGGUACUUUUAAUCAGUUUUCUUUAUUCCAUGCAAGCUUUGAGUUACAGUUCCUGUUAGGGCUGUUACAUAGCGUCUGCAAUUUAAUACCUGUGAUUGCAAUAGUAUUUAAGUGAUGGUUCAUUAAGAGUUGUUAUGCAUGUUUGUUUUUUUUUUCUUUCUAAUCCAGGACUGCAUUAAUUGUGCAUUUAGCUUUACAUGUUUAUUGCAUGACAUGAUUUCUCAGGGAAAUAUGGAUAAUAGCAUGAGUUGUAAGAGCUGGAAACUAAUUCUUGCUUUCCAAAUUUUUGCGAACUUUCCGGUUGCACUCAAACACUUCACAUCAAAUGACUUUCAUGUUGAAUUGCUUCUGAUUUACCAGGUGAAUCAUGAUGAAGAUGUGAACAGCAUUUUAAGGUGUCUGUAAAAUGCAUUCUGCCCGAUACUUCAUUAGCUUUUGGAUAUACGUCCAUUUCAAAUUGACUCUGCAAGUUGUGUGGCUUUUGUCCUGCUUUAGCGUAAUAUGUGCCAUAUACAUUAAUAGUUGCCUGAGACACAACAGAUACAUUCAUUUCCAGAGUCAGACAAUGCUAUAAUGCAGUCUGAUUCUGGGGUAGUAUAAAUAUUCUAACAUAUUUACUUGUGUCAUUAAAUUUUUACAAAGUGUGCUUACUUUGGGGAUUUUUGUCUGCUUUUCCAGUAAAGUUACUUUGUCUAGACUGGGAUUUGAUCCAAAGCCCACCAGCAUUAUAGGUAGCAUUAAUAAAAUAAAACUUUAUUGAAAUACUCAGCAGUCAGGUUGACCUUUAUGCCUUUGCAGUGUUUUUAUCUGCAGCAUACAUGGCAAGUAGUUUCCUGAAAGACUUCACUAAUAUAAAAGUUGAAGGAUUUAGUGUUGGUGAAAAUGGUAAACAUACUGCUGUUACUGAGCACAGAACUAUAUUUCCCUAUAGCCAGCAUGCAGCUUAAUUAUUUAGAAGGUGGAUAUGUCUUGCUACAUGACUUUUCUUUAGAAUCAACAGUGUAGGAAAUGUUGACCGCUUUGCUUGGUUGUAUACUAGCAGAAUAUUUUUUGUCCAUAGUGAGAAUGUGAUCACAGCUUUGAGGAUUAACUUCUUGAUGAUUUCAGAUUUAACACUUCUAUUUGCUUGGCAAAGAAAGCAACAGAACAUUUCCUAGCUAGUUAAACAGCUGUUAUUGUACUGAGUGCCCUGAUCAUCUGUACUGUCAUAUACCUGCCAUGAAACAUGUAAUUCUUACAUAAAUGUAACCAUUCAGCUAUGUCUUCUACAUCAGCUGAUGUAUUGCAUCAUUACAUCUGGUAUUAAUAGGCUGGAAUACCCCCCAUGGUAGGAAUGCAUCCAGAGUUUAAUCUAGUUGUCCCCUCCAAGUUUUUUUGAAAGCAUGAAAGGUUUUUCUCUGGGGAUUUUAAAGGAAGUAGCUGUUUAGUUCUUUAGCUGCUGAGUUAAUAGUUAAGUAACUGUUUCUCAGUUUCUAAAGUUAUAUCUGGAUUUCUUCUGUUUUUAAUUAACUUUUGACUUUUGUCAGGGAAGGUGUGCAGUUCUUUGCAUUUUCCACAGAAUGUAUGUGACUUGAUACUGCAAUGGCCUCAGAAAUAACUGCAGAGAAGCUUGUAUGGCUUUUAACAUGUUCCUGAAGUUUUUCCACAGUUCAUUUUAAAAAACUAAUUAUUGGGCUGAGGAGAAAGUAGCCAUAUAGUGUGGAGCCAACUUUAUAACGUGCAAAUUACUUUGCUCUCAUUACGUAUCCUUCAGUGUAUUGCUGAUGUUGCCAGCCAUCAAGUUUUUCUUGUCUGUUAAGUGUGAUUCUUCUCUUCUCUAUAAAUGGAAACUUUUUCAUGUAAAUUAAACUAGAUCCUCUGUCACAAUGAUUGAUUUUUAAAAUAUUUCAGUAUCUCUUCCUUUUAACCUUUAGCUAGAGGAACAGCAGGGGAUUUCCACUCAAACAGUAUUUUUUUCCUAUGUGAGAGGGGGAAAAAAAAAUUGAAAAUAAAAUAUCCUAUUGACCAGCAGAUGAGAUCCAGCUGCAAGAUCACUGAAGUAAUUGCCUGUAUAGCACAGUUAAAUAUAGGACAUGCUUAUAAUUGUGCGAUGGAUUGAUCUCUCUGAUCUUGAUUUAAUAUGGAAUGUAGGUAUUUAAAAUCUCAUCAAUUUGUGUUGAAGCUGAAUGCCUAAGUCCUAUGACUCUAAAAAUCAUGGAAGAAUUUUAUUUGGAACUACAACGUACAUGCCAAGGAUUUUCUUGGUUGCACUCUUAGGUUGGUGGGUUUCUUCUCGGAAGACCUACAUGUUCCAUGUACAAACCAGUUACAACUGAAUGAUCUGCCUAUUAAUUGAAAAUUUGGGGAGCCAUUUACGUAAAGCUAUCAUGAAAGCUUAGGCAGUUGUUUCAAGUUGAUGUUAAUAGAAUAGAAUUAGGGGAGAUAAUGAGCAUGCAGUACCAACUUCAGCACAGUACAACUGAGUGGGUCCUUGUAGAGAUGUGAAACUUAUUCAGGUUCUCUUUGGGAUGGGUGUUAGUAAAACAAAAUUGCAUCUGGAACUUUUGUUUAGAUAUUUAUACUGACUGAUUUGUUACAUUUCUAAAACUUAUGUGUUGAAAGAUGCGUGAAACCAAUAGCUAGUACCUUUUGGCAUUAUGUCUUGUACUUAAUUUCAGCUCUGCAAUGUGAAGAAUUUUGAACUCUGAAACUGCUUCAACUGAAAAACUUUAACAUGACAAGAACUUUUGUUUGCAUGAAGUUUGUAUGAUAAUUCAAAUGUUCUGAGAGCACGGAUAGUUCCAGGUGUACAUUUGUUAUGAAAUGUGUAAUGCAUAAGUUUUUAAAUAUUUUCCUUAGUAAGAUCAGAACCUGAACUGCCUGAUGCAUACUGCAUUUGCACCUGAGUACUUGAUUUCAGAAUGUGUUAAACCAUGUCUAUUUUUUUUAAUAAGAAACAGCAUUUUAAUCCAGUUUUCAUUUAAUAAUAAGUAUGUUCACACAGAGGAAAAUCAUAAUCUUGGCUUGAUGCAGUGAUUUAUGCAAGAAAACAGCAGGAUGGCAGCAGUAACUCUGAAAUGAAGAUGCAAGUCUCUUCAGAAACUCUGGCUUCUUGUUCUUUCCUUCCUUCUGUACUAAAUAAGUGUCUUCAUUAUUCCUGAUUUAUACAGGUGAAGCAAGGACCAGAAUUUUUACCCUUUUGUUUUUUAGAAGUGAACACUGACUUUGGCCUUUAGCGUCUUUGUCACAUCACUUCAUUUUCUGAAGGGGAUUCAGUUAAAUUAGAAGUAUAGAAUGAGUAUUUUUAAUUAAAAUCAAAUUUAAGCUAUUAAUAAUUUUGAAAUUCUCAAUAUGAAUAGAGAUCUAAUGAAUGAAAAUUAUAGGCCUAUAUUGCAAAUACCAAAUACUGCUUAUAUAUUUUUUAACAAAGUGGGUAUAUAUGUGAUUAUUUGACACGUGUAUAAAAGUGACAAUGGGGAAAUCAUUCUUAUGUUGAUAGAUUUAUAAAUUGAAAUUAUUAAUGUCCAAUACCAAAACCCUAUAAAAGGGCUAGUGAAAAGACAAUGUAAUGUAUCCUGAUAAACAGCCUGUGUAAUAGAAUUGAUGGGUGUGAUGUUUUUGUUCUGUAUUAUAUUUAUUAUGUGUAAGUAAGCCAAUAAAGAUUAUAAAUCAUA